AUGACAGAGCAAUUGUCAUUCAUGGACUUACCAUUGGAGAUUCUAAACCAAAUCAAUGGAGAAUUGAGUAUGAUUGAUGCUCUUGCGUUUCAGUGUGCCACUGGAAACUACACCAACAUGAAUCUUAAAGAAAUCACUGAUAAAUUUUUGAAUUUAUCUUUAGAUGGCCAUGAUUCAGAGUACAGAAAAGCACAUAUUCGUAAAUUAUUUCUUACUAUAAAGGAUUAUAAUUCUAACUUGAACAAUAUAAUUCCCUUAAAGGUUCGUUUCGGAUAUGAUAUUAAAGAUGCUUUAAUAUUUCUAGAAACUAUAUUAGAUUUAGAAGAUUCAUAUGACUUACAUUUUAUUUUUAAAGAAAUGAAUCAUCAUGAUUCUAUUUUUCUUAACAAUUUCAGAUAUGUUGAUUUAGUUACAUCAUUAACAAUAUUAAAAUAUAAAGAAGAAGAUAAUCAAGAACAACAGCCACAACAACAUCAACAGUUUGAAUUAGAUAAUUUACUGAAAUUAAUUAAGUUGGAAAUUGUCGCGUCAAAUACAAGGAUUAAUUUAUCACCAUUAUUGAACUCAACACUUACACAGUUAAAGAUAAACAACUAUAUUCAUGACAAUUGGUUAACUGAACAAGUGUCGUUAGAUGAUUUGAAGAUAACUAUAUCUCCUGAUAAACUGUUUUCGAUAGCAGUUCUUCCUCCAAAUCUAACUAGUCUAGAAAUUAUUUCAGAAGGUAGUAACAAUAACGUUCAAAUUGUGGAUUAUAAUGAUUGGCCUGCCAACAUCAAAACUUUGAAGCUUCGUGAAUGUGAAAAAUUCAAAUCUACGUUAUUUAAUCUUCAUCAAUUAAACUAUCCAUAUACUCUAGAUUCUUUUUCAUUUGAUGGUCAUAUGCAUAUAGAUAUAAUUCAUAAGCUUCCUUCAACUUUAACUAAAUUGGUAUUAAUCAAUAAAUUCAACAUACAUGACGAGAUAGAUGAUUCUGAUUUUAAGUUUGCAAGUGAAUUGAUUUCUCUUACAUUAACCAAUUUCAGUUUAAACUUUUCAAGAUGCAAAUUCAAAUUCCCACCAAAAUUGACUGAAUAUUAUACAGAUGAAUAUGUCUCCCGGUUCUUCACAAAGUUAUAUGGCAAGCUUCCUAUUGAAUUGAAAAUCAGAAUACUUGGUGAUUUAGAAGUGGAAAAUAUUCUUGUAUUCCAAUCAUUCAUCAAUGAUGAUGAAAUAAAGUAUCUUCCAAUUAAACUGAUUACCAAGAAGAAGUUAAAUUAUAAGAUUGAUUGUAGAAACAGAAACGGGAUAAAUUAUGAAACAUUGAUGGGCUUCUUAGAAUAUCGAAAAUCUAUAAUCAUCCCCGUACUGAUUAAUUUUUUAAUGGGGAAACAUUUUGAUGUCUCAUUAAUUCCAAAGUUAAAUAGAUUUAAGAGGAAUAUUGAAUUUGAAUUAAGCUUUGAUGAAUUAACUUACUCAACAUGUGAAGAAUUGACCAAAUUUUGGUAUUCCAAAAGCGUUACUGAGUUGAAAAUACCUAUAAUAACAAGCGAUGAAUUACCUAAGGAAUUAGAUUUUACCAAUUAUACCAAUUUAAAGACACUUCAAUUUGUCUCAAUUAAUACUUCUUUAACACUACGUUUGUCUGAAAGUGCAUUUCAAACUAUAAUUGAUUUGCAAAUUGACUAUUUCAGAGAUGGCGAUUUUAUUAACAAAUUUAUUAAUUUGAAAUGUUUAUUUGUCCAUCUACAAGAUGGAUCUAUUUUAAAAAUUAGAGAUAUUGGCCCCAAAACUUAG